GUUUGUUUAGUUUGGAGUUUUGCUUGGCAAACUUUGUUUCAAUCCUGAAAAGAGUAUAUUUUAGACCAGAAUCUAAAUAUAGAAUAGACAAUACAAAUGAUUACUUCUUGGUAUGACUGAUCAAGUCAGCAAUAGAGUUCAAGUGUAUUUUGUUCCAUCUAACCCAGAAGUCUCAGAAGAUACAGCUGAGGAAGUGGUCUUAUCAGAAGAUGUUGCUCAGGAAACCAUUAUCGUAACAACUACAGAUGAAGAGAGUGUUUGUGAUGAUUACGUAGAGCCCCAUGUUGUACCCAUUGGAGAUCUUGAUGUUCUAAACACUAUAGAAUUAUCUUGUGAUGAAAAUUUUCAGCCAUCUCUUGAGGAUCCUUCAACAAUCACUCCAUCUGAUUUGAGAGAUGGGUGUGAGGAGACUUUUGUUCAAUCUUACAUAGCACUUGUUCCUGAUAAUGGGUUAAGAUCCAACACUGACCCAGAAAACUGCCAUCUGACGGUCAAAGAACAUACAAAACGAGAAAAGGAUAAGAUAUACAAACGGGAACAGAGGGCUAACAAAGAAUACAGGGAACAGGAGAAAAUAGUAGCCAAACAAAGAAUGAAGAACAGAAGGAAGGACCCAGAGUACAGGGAGAGAGAAAGGAGACGGGACGCAGAGAGGAAAAGACUCGCUCGACUAAAUAAUAAAGAAUUCAGACAGAAAGAAAAAGAACGUGACAGACAAUACAAAAGAAGCUUAAGGAAAAAAUCUGAUGCCAAAAUACAAAUUGAAUUGACAAAUGGUGCAGAUUGUGAUAAUUCUCCCAGUCUAAAUAGUGCUAGUGUCUCAGACAACUUAACAGUGGGGAACUGUUUUACAGUGUUAGACUGGGCAGGAAUUGGAGAUGUUGACGAUAAAUUAGAUAAUUCUGUGGAGGAAUCAGAAGUGACAGACUAUCAAGUUUAUACCCAAGUGUCUAUUUGAAUUAAAAAAAUCUUCACACAGUGCAGUUACACAAGUAUAGUAUCAGAUUUUAAAGGAUCAUUUAAUGUCUGUUUGAAAAAAAAAUCUUCACACAGUGCAGAUACACUAACCUUAAUAAAAAGAUUCUAAAUUUACAUUAUAUUAUUCAAUUAUUUGUAAAGAUUUCAGUUAAACAAAGUACAAUGUGCUACCAGUA